AUGAGUGCGUCCUCCAAAUUUGUACCCCAGGUAUUUCAGGUUGCGCAAAACCAAAAUGAAAAGCCAGAGUGGCUUGAAGCUUUUCUGCAAAGAACUUUCUUUGAUUCUUGCUCAGUUCAUCCAAUUCGGAGGAAUGAGAAGAACAGGUAUUGUAUCAACUGCGACGCAUCUGCCUGCCAAUAUUGCAUGACUUGCACCACUCAUCCCCAUCACACGAUUCUGAAAAUCUAUAGACAUGUCUACAAGGAUGUUGUAUCGCUUUCUGCCAUGGAGAAGUACAUCGACUGUGCUGAAAUUCAGCCAUAUAAGUGCAACAAACGACUGGUUAUAGCUUUGAAUCCUCUUCCCCAUUGCGGUCCAACAUCAAAAAACGAGACAUCAUGUGACAUCUGCAACAGAAGGUUAGCUGAACCAGAUCUGUAUCGCUACUGCUCUAUUUCUUGCAAGGUCAUAGCAUUUGAGAGGAAGUCAAGUGAUUCAGCUCCUCCCUUUCUUUCCAUCCAGUCCCCAUACAAGGAGAAACGAAAGGAGCUACUGUUGAAAACUGAGCAACCAAAGCACAAAAGAAAGGGAAUCCCUCAAAGGGCUCCUUUCUUUUAA